AUGGGAAAUUUGGUAUGGGAUGGUUUUGGUGCCAUUCCUGCCACUGCUCAUAACGUACACGUCUGCCAAUACCGAGGAUCGCCUCAUCUGUGUAUCAAUCAGUGCAUGGAUCCGGUGGGAUACGGCGUCUGUCAAGCUGCAAUCCUGGAUAGCAAUUAUCGCGUUGUACAGACUGUUCAUACGGGAAGAUCGGCUAUGCCUGUGGAUCAGCAUGAGUUUCAGCUUCUGGAUGAUGGAAAGACUGCGAUUGUCUCGUUCUAUCAUACGGUUCCCCAUGAUAUGGCUUAUUACAAUUUUUCUGGCGGUUUGCCGUAUGUGAUGCAGUCGGGUUUUCAGGAAAUCGAUGUUGAGUCUGGGGAUGUGCUUUUUGAAUGGUAUUCUCUGAAUCAUGUCGACAUAUCCGAAACUCACAUUCUACCAAACUCCAGCGACGUAUCAGGCUUUGGGACCAGCGGCACAUCUGGCUUCGAUUAUUUCCACAUUAACAGUAUCGACAAGUCUCCGUCUGGCAAUUUUCUCGUCUCGGCCCGUCAUACACACACAAUCUACUACAUCAACGCAACAGACCAAAACAUAAUCUGGAAAAUGAGCUCCGAAGGGGAUUCUACCUUCCCAAUCGAACAAGGCUCCGCAAGCUUCAACUUCAGCUUCCAACACGAUGCUCGUAUCAUAAGCGAAAAUGCUACAACCAUGGUAAUAUCAUUCUUCGACAAUGCCAGCAACGGAUACAACCACGACAUGGACACAUCCCCAACAUCUUCCGGAAAAAUCGUAGCUAUCGACUACGGAAAAGGCCUUGGAACUGCUUCCGCAAGACUCCUCAGUAUAACUUACCCUCCACUAAGCACAAUCUCCGCAUCCCAAGGAAACUCCCAAAUCCUCCCGAACGGAAACAUCUUCCACGGCUGGGGCGACGUCCCUGCCUUUUCCGAGCACACCCCAGACGGAACCGUCGUCCUCGCCGGCGAAUUCUCUCAACCGGGUGGAGGAAUGUUCAGCUACCGGGCCUUCACAUUCGAUAACUGGACAUCCACUCCCUCCAACACCGUCCCUUCCGUCUACACCUACGCCCUCAACUCCACCGCUCCAACACACAUCUACGCCUCCUGGAACGGCGCUACAACCGUCUCGACGUGGCGGUACUACGGCGCGCAAAAAAUCGGGGAUGAUUUCGAAAUCUUGGGGAAUUCGAGUAAGAAGGGUUUCGAGACGGCGUGGGUUGCUCCGGGGUUUUAUAUGUGGGUUAUGGUCGAGGCUGUAGCGGGGAAUGGGUCGAGUUUGAGGAACUCUAGUUAUCAGGCGACUUUUAUGCCGAGUGAGCGGAUGUUGCCUUCGUGUACGGAGUCCGGGUGCGAUGUGCUGCCGACGAGUGGUGUGUAUUUUGCUCCUGAUGGGUCGGUGUAUCGUGGUACGGAUUAG